CGACUUAACGCCCCUGGGGGAUCCCACAGUGCACCGCGGCGACAAUGGCUGGUGUCCUGAAGAAAACUACUGGGUUGGUGGGUCUUGCUGUGGCCCAGAAUCCUCAUGAGAAUUUAAGGAUUCUUUACACCAGAAUUCUUACUGUUUUACAAUCUGUGCCUCAGGAUGUAGCCUAUCGAAAAUACACGGAGCAGAUCAUCAAUGAAAGGCUUAACUUGGUAAAAUCGGAGCGCAAUGUUCAAAAACUAGAAGACAAAAUCAACUGUGGACAGAUUGAAGAAGUCAUUUCACAGGCUGAGAGUGAACUUUCUCUGGCAUACAAAAUGGUCAAGUGGAAACCUUGGGAACCAUUAAUAGAAGAAGCCCCUCACAACCAAUGGAAAUGGCCAGUUUAAAUUUUAUGUAAAUUACGUUGCUUUAUUCAGAAAAUCAUACCGUCUGUUCUGUCAGUUUCAACUGGUAUCAAUGUUAUUAAAAUUUAUUGGUGAAACA